AACUCCCUUCAAAUUGUCACUUUGAUAGUUGGUACAGUCCAAAGGCUCUAGCGCUUCCAGCUAAUGCUGCUGUGCUAAUAACACACAGAGGAAACUAGCGGGAGGCAUCAUGGUGAACUUCGCAUCAGCGGUUCGUGAGCACUGGGUCAAUAUCCUUGUCCCUCUGGGUUUCGUCAUCGGGGUUUAUCUGGACCGAUGGAAUGACCAGAAACUCACGGCGUUCAGGAACAAGAGUGCUUUAUACAGCAGGGAACUGAAGCCCGGUGAGGAAUACACCUGGAAGUGAGACUCCUGCAGUGAUAUUUAUUGGACCCCCUGCCUAGAAUGUGUAUAUUGUCUGUUCAAUAAAUUUUGCAUUUAAUUCUGUAA